AGGAAUUUUGUAAAACAUGGCAACCCAUGUUCGGGUACAGUCAUAUUGCGCGGUGGGCGGCGCGUCUCCUCCACUGUCGUCUCACAGUAGUUUCUGGAACCUCAUGGUUGCACCAUGGAGAAAGUAUCUCAGCUGAAAGACCAGGGUAAUAAGGCGCUGAGCGCAGGAAACAUUGAUGAAGCGGUGCGCUGCUACACGGAGGCCUUGGCAUUAGACCCUUCCAAUCACGUCCUCUUCAGCAACCGCUCUGCUGCCUACGCCAAAAAGGCUGACUAUGAUAAUGCUCUGAAGGAUGCCUGCCAGACCAUUAAGAUCAAGCCAGACUGGGGCAAGGGUUACUCACGAAAGGCUGCAGCUUUGGAGUUUCUGGGGAGAUUAGAGGAAGCCAAAGCAACCUAUCAGGAGGGUCUCAGACACGAGUCUUCGAACCAGCAACUAAAGGAGGGGCUUCAGAACAUUGAGGCGCGGCUAGCAGAGAAGAAGAUGAUGAACCCAUUUGCUAUGCCCAACUUGUAUGAGAAAUUAGAGGCAGACCCUCGGACACGGGCACUGCUGGCCGACCCCAGCUACAGAGAGCUGCUGGAGCAGCUCCGCACCAAGCCAUCUGAACUUGGCACGAGGUUGCAGGACCCAAGAGUGAUGACGACUCUCUCAGUGUUACUGGGGUUGGACCUGGCUGGCAUGGAGGAAGAUGAGGAGCCAACUCCACCCCCUCCCCCUAAACCUAAAGAGACAGCCCCACCCCCUCCCAAAGAGGAAGACUUACCAGAGAACAAGAGAUUGGCAUUAAAGGAGAAGGAGCUUGGCAAUGCAGCGUACAAAAAGAAGGACUUUGCCACUGCUCUGAAACACUAUGAGGAGGCGUGCAAGCAUGACCCCACCAACAUGACCUGUCUGUCCAAUCAGGCCGCUGUGUUCUUUGAGAUGGGGGAGUUUGACAAGUGUAGAGAGUAUUGUGAGAAAGCCAUUGAAGUGGGACGAGAGAAUCGUGAGGACUACAGACAAAUUGCCAAGGCGUAUGCCAGGAUUGGCAACUCCUACUUCAAGCAGGAGAGGUAUAAGGAAUCCAUUCAGUUCUUUAACAAAAGCUUGACAGAGCACCGCACUCCUGAGGUGCUGAAGAAGUGCCAGCAGGCAGAGAAGAUAGUAAAGGAGCAGGAGAAACUGGCUUACAUUAACCCAGACCUGGCACUGGAGGAGAAAAACAAGGGCAAUGAGGCUUUCCAGAAAGGUGACUACCCUCUGGCCAUGAAGCACUACACAGAGGCCAUAAAGAGGAACCCCAAUGACGCCAAGCUCUUCAGCAACAGAGCGGCCUGCUAUACCAAACUCCUGGAGUUCCAGUUGGCGCUCAAGGAUUGUGAGGAGUGCAUCAAACUGGAUCCCACCUUCAUCAAAGGGUACACACGUAAGGCGGCAGCACUGGAGGCAAUGAAGGACUUCUCCAAAGCCAUGGAUGCCUACCAAAAAGCUCUGGAGCUGGAUUCAAACUCUAAGGAAGCAACAGAGGGCCUGCAGCGCUGUAUGGUGAGCCAAGCAGUGCGGAAUGACAACCCAGAGGAGGUGAAGCGAAGGGCCAUGGCUGAUCCGGAGGUGCAGCAGAUCAUGACGGACCCUGCCAUGCGCAUGAUUCUGGAGCAGAUGCAGAAAGACCCUCAGGCCCUCAGCGAUCACCUGAAAAACCCAGUUAUUGCUCAGAAGAUUCAGAAACUGAUAGAUGUUGGCCUCAUAGCCAUCCGGUAAUCAUAAAGAGAACGCGGAGGAGAACCAGGGCUAGCACCAUCCAGAUCAACACCGCCACAAGACCACAGAGGGAAGAAGAUGCCAUUCCAAACGAACUCUAGCUCACCAAAAUGUACUCUCAUCUCUAUACUCCCCCUCUUUAUGUGAUAGGGUUCUUUUUUAUUUCAAUGUAAGGCCUUAAUUAGAUAUUCAUUAAACAUGUUAUGUCAAACAUGUAACACGCAAUACUAGAUUUUAUUCUUACAGAACACUGGUAUCAACAGUGUUCAUGACUUGUGAAGUGAAAGUAUUUACAUUUUAUUUUGCCAUUGAGAAUCUGUAGAAGAUCAAGCUUGUGUCAGUGUAGUAGGGCAUGCAGAAGCACUGAAGAGAGUCUCAGUGUGGUAACAUGUUUUUUAAAUCUGAUAUGCAGUCAGUCCUUAAAUCCUCUGAUUCACUCAGUUCACAUCUCAUUUAGAAUGGCAUAUUUUAAUGGCCCUCUUGGAUGCAGUACAAGUUGCGUAACCAUUUCGAGACGCUUAUUGCUAUCAUAAUAUGUGACAUCUGAGAAUCUUCUGAAUUUUGUUGCCUGUGGGAUUGGUAGUGUGUGAUAAAGAUGGCUGCCACUUUUCACUGAAUUUCAGGGCUUCUGUCUGUCAGGCAUCUCAGGGUAAGAGUGCAUAUCUGCGGUCAGCUCCAUGGCAAUGUAAUCAUAUUCACACGGGAAAGUCUGUAAUGUUGCAAGAUGUGGUGUCUGGAUCUGGUGCAAAGUCACUGUGCAGCUGAGCUAAAGGAGAUUAAUUUAUUUGCACUUCCUCGUAUCCAGUGGAAGAAGACUUGAAUCAAAACCAAUCCACCAUCGCCAGCCUAUCUGUGUCAAUAUUCAGUUCCCAAAAGGAAGUAAUUUGUCAUUCAAACAGUUCACCCAAACAGGAGGACUGAGACCAGACACAGAGGCUGAGAGACAAAAGGCAGAAACUGAUCCUGGAUCAGCACUCUUAAUUUGAGAAGUCCGAUACAUGUGACCUCCCCAACUUUUCAUGUUAUGGUUCUGAUAGAAUACUGUCUCGUUUAGCAUUGCUACUGUUCGAAUGCAUAAAAGGGGAUGAAAAUGCUUAAUGUGGAAAAGAAAACUCAACAUGGCUUAAUGUACUCAAUAUAUAACUCACAGUAACCAGGGAACACCAGGUUUCUCUCUCACUGACUCUGUCACUGACUGUCUAAUGGCAAGACAGUAAAACAAAUCUAAAUGCAAAACAUUUUGUACAAUAAAGAGGAAGAUUUCUGCAUAAUUGUCAUUUGGAGUGGUUUGAUUUGAAAUGCAUGCUCCAGAGGAAACUUGAGUCACGACUCAUAACAGCGAUGAUGGGAAUGUCCGAAGCAUUAAUGCCUCUAAAGAAAGCUUCAUUACAGAGUUGCUUGAAACAUUGUUAUCCAUUACUUUAGUUCUAAACAUGAUAUAAAUGGGGCAUUGUAAGGCCAAAUAGUACCCAAAGAAAGUACUCUUUCAGAUAUACAGCACCAUGGUGUUUAUGUUCUUAAAUUGUUUUACGUUAAGCCAAGUUAAGCCUUUUUUCUCACAUUAAGCGUUUUGAAACAUCCCUAAUAAGCACUCUAUAUAGGCUUCACAGCUCAGAGGGCAUCUUCAAGACUUCAAAAGUGUGGCAUCUGUUUGCAGGGUGCCUUCGAGUACACACUUAAAAAGAAUGUUCUUCAAGAGUUCUUUAGUAAAGGCAACAGAACAGUGAGUUCUGUAUGAAACCAUUUUAAGAUUAAAAGGUUUUUUAAUGGUGGGAUGGUUCUUUGGAUUGAUGGAUAACCUUUUUAGAAACAGUUCUCUGUAGCACCAAAAAGGAUUCUGCUAUUAUUAUGAUGUCAAGCUUGUAGCAAUAGAAUAAUUCAUUUUGGUACUAUAUAGAACCAUUUUUAGAAAGGUUCUGUAUGGAACCAUAUACAGCUCAUUCUCAAUCAAUCUGAAGACCCAUCUCACCAUGCACAAAACCAUUUGAACAUGAAAUCGUUCUAAGCAAAACCAUGUCCUUUAGUAAAGAAACCUUGAAGAACCAUUUUUUUAAAAAAAAUUUUUAAGUGUUUACUUUUGUUGUGGGCGGUUCUUCUUUUAUCUGAUAGCUGACAACUGCAAGUGCUUAGUGACUUGAAGAUGAGCUUUAGUGUCUGCUGAACUCGAAAUCCCUUUGCCUGUCAUCUGUCUGAUGUUUUCGUCUUCAGUAUGAAGAGCAGAAUGGGCCGUUUGAAUGUCUUUGGCUGCUGUCAUGCUCAAUGUCUUUUCACUUCAAUAAAAUCUUUGACUGACAUCCA